UUCAUCAAGACGCACAAGACUCUGAACCGAAGGAAAUUUUGGCCUUCCCAUAGAAGCUCAUUAUUCGGAUAUGUGUAAUGAUUUAUUUCACAUCAUGACACCGUAUUGAUUGGAUAUUUAGAAAGAUUGAGUCAUAAAGUCGAUAGAUUUGUUUAUAGGCUGCUGCGUUGGCGUCAAACAUGAGCAAAAAUUCACGCUUUCAAAGAAGAGAAUCGCCGUAAACGGAAUGAUCGGUUCUCACGUGAAGUCACCCUGAUUGUUUGUUUUCAAAAGAAGAUCAAAACGUAUCGACCCCGAAAAAUAACAGCCGCCUUGAGUCCGAAGUGGAAAGAAACGCUGACAUUCACGAUAUCUGGAAAUACGGUGUCCUAAGCCAUGGGGGCCUUCUUGGACAAGCCGAAGACGGAAAAACACAAUGCUCACGGGGCGGGUAACGGUCUGCUUUACGGCCUGAGCAGCAUGCAGGGAUGGCGGGUUGAGAUGGAGGAUGCGCACACAGCUGUGGUGGGUCUUCCCCACAGCCUGGACGACUGGUCGUUCUUCGCCGUGUACGAUGGUCACGCCGGCUCCCGCGUGGCCAACUAUUGCUCCAAACACCUUUUGGAUCACAUCAUAACCAACAGUGAAGAUUUCCGUUCAGGCGCAGACUCCGUAGAGAGUGUUAAAAGCGGCAUUCGCUCUGGCUUCCUGAAGAUCGACGAGUAUAUGCGCAGUUUCGCCGACCUGCGCAACGGCUUGGACCGUAGCGGAUCCACCGCAGUCGGCGUGCUGGUGUCACCCGAGCACCUCUACUUCAUGAACUGCGGCGACUCCCGCGCCGUGCUCAGUCGUGCCGGGCAGGUCCGUUUCUUUACUCAAGAUCACAAGCCCUGUAACCCACGUGAAAAAGAGCGCAUUCAGAACGCGGGAGGUUCUGUAAUGAUCCAAAGGGUGAAUGGUUCUCUGGCUGUGUCGCGGGCUCUGGGGGACUAUGACUACAAGUGCGUGGAUGGGAAGGGUCCUACUGAACAGCUGGUAUCUCCAGAACCGGAUGUGUUUGAGAUCCCCCGCGUUUCAGAUGAGGAUGAGUUUGUGGUGCUCGCUUGCGAUGGCAUCUGGGAUGUGAUGAGCAACGAGGAGCUAUGUGAUUUUGUGCGGUCUCGAUUAGAGGUGUGCGAUGAUUUGGAGAAGGUCUGCAACUCUGUAGUGGACACUUGUUUACAUAAGGGAAGCCGUGACAACAUGAGUGUUGUUCUAGUUUGUUUCCCCAAUGCGCCAAAGGUAUCGGAUGAGGCUGUAAAGAGAGAGGCAGAGUUGGACAAGUCCCUGGAGGCUCGAGUGGAAGAAAUGAUGGAGAAGGCAGGGGAGGAUGGCGUCCCGGAUCUAAGCCACAUCAUGCACAACCUCCGUCCCGAGACCAUCCCCAACUUGCCACCAGGAGGGGGUCUUGCUAGCAAACGUAGUGUAAUUGAGGCGGUUUACAACAGGUUAAACCCACAUAGAGAAGAAGAUGGGAGCGGAGGUGACCUGGACGACCCCUGGUAGCCCGAGCAGCUGACGGCUUCUGUCUCCUCACGAGAAUGUCCUCGGUUCACACAAGAAAACCCCUUUGCUUACACUUUUUUUGGUUUUGAUUCUGAGAGAGGCAUAGGAAAUAUUAAACGAGUCUGGAAAACGUACUUGUUUUUUAAAGAUGAGAAACUUCAGAAAUGUUAUGAUUUUUUUUUAAACUGCAUUGUAUGGUUGAGAGGAAUUUAUUUCGAAUCCCCCACCCCCCCUCCUCCCUCCUGAAAUCGGUGUGUAAAUUUAAAGCAGUGACGAGACUGCUUGAGCAAUUUUUGCUGGAUGCUUAUUUGGAGACGUGAGCUCUGACCUCAUCUGGAGGUGGGUGGGGUCAGCGAGUACCAAGAGGGACCGGAAACGGGGCCUUUUGGACCUCUGUUGAAUGUGGAGAGCUUCUCUGUUGCCUUGUUUGUAUCUCAGACGGGACUCCCUUUUGACUCAUUCACACCACGCAUGUGCAUCUUUUUAGAGAUACUGUCCACCAAAUAUUAUCUCAGUUCCUGCUCACAGUUUUUGAUGCCCUCUAACCCUGCGACUAUCCAGCUGGACAGCAACCAUUAAACAGCCCUCUCAUGCACCUUGUUUUGCUGUGUCAUAACUGCUGCUGGCCACAAAAAUUUAAUGUAUCUGUUGUGGAUUUUUUGGGGGGUGGGUGGGGGAAUUGUUUUAGUGUCAUUUUUGGUGCUUGCUGUUAAACAAAAAAAUUAAAAUUAAAAAAAAAAAUUCAAGAACAAUGAUCUGGUGGCAGAUCAUGGCAAACUCACCCUGGAUGGAGAGGACUUUUUAAUAGAGGUACCGCAUACGGAGGGACUUUUGCAGUGACUUCAUGGUCACCCAAGAGACAGUCAUUCUGUAUUAAAUAGUAAAACCAUACUAAAUCCCGUAUUUACCUCUGUUCUCCUCCAACCCACAUCUUCAUUCUCCCAUCAGCUUGCCUUCUGGUUUGUGUUCUCUAACAAAAUUUUACAAUUUAAGAUGGUUUCCCCCUUUAUCACCUUGACUCAGAGUUAUUUUUUGUUUUUUUACAGAUUGUAUGACAUAAUUGGUAUUGUUUGAAUGCACUCACAUUUGGUUAAUGGUAAACAAAAAUACUAAAAUCUUUAUAAAAGAGAAACUAUGAGAAGGUAAGUAGAGUAUUUCUAAAGUGAAACUGCAGAAAUAUGUAUGUGUAUAUAGCUAUAUAUAUUUUUUCUCCUUUUAACAAUGGAGUGAAAGCGUGGGCGCUCUCUCCUCGGACUGGAUGAUAGGUACUUGAAUAUUCAUUGAGUGUUUCUAAUCUUUCUUUUUUAUCAUUAAUCUAGGAUUGGUUUUUGUUUUUGAACUGUGCCUGUAAAAGGUGGUCCAUUGCUGCAGGGGUGUGCUUACAGGACAGUUGGCUAUGGAUGAAUGUACCCCUUAUUCACACUGAUACAUAUACUUUAACACACUCAUUUGUACAUGGUCGUGCAUAACACACUUUCAUAUGUGCAUUUAUCAUUUGAUUAUCUUCAUGGUAUGCAUUUAAUCCACAGAUGGGUCGUUUUUUUACUCAUCUGUGCAUAUCUUUUACACAGACAUGUGCUCUGGAGGCCUUCUAAAAAGUUUUCUUCCCUCCCUUUAUUGUUUCAAUUCAUUGACUUCACCUGCUCUGGUGUGUAGCUUUAAAAUGAGUGUUUAUUGAAUUUUAUGAGAUGAUUGUUUAUGUAUAUAUAUUUUUGCAGUUUUCCCCCUCUGGUACACAAAAUCGUAGCUAUGAGCUUGAAAGCUUCAUUUUAAGAUUUAAGAAUGGAGUAAAUUUAAAGAUGGAUUUCCAGUUAAGAUGGUAGAGGUCAAUUUUUUCGCAGUGUGUAUCAACAAUUAUUAAUGAAAAGAAUAAUCGAGACAGAGUAUUUUAUUUAUUCCAAGUUUUUGGCUUAAAUGUUGAGAGAGCGAGAGAUGCUUCUUUGUAAGAGGGGGAAACUACUGCCCCAAGUGUUUUUUGUUUUGUUUUUUGUUUUUUUGGAGAAUGUGACAAGUUCUCUUGCGCUUGCGUACUUCCUCUUUCUCUCUGAUUCUCUCUAACCAUCCAAUGAGCCUGUGUAAUGAACGUCCCCAGUAUGAUGUUGUGAUGUUUCAGUAGCAAACAGUGAAUAUGAUCUGUUCUCCUCAAUAAAGGAUUGCUAAAGUUUGAUGUAACACAA